UGAAAUAUAAAGAAAAACUACUAUUAGUAUUGGUGUAUGGUAUGGCUGUAUAAUCAUCAAGGUGUUGUGGUAGCAGGUGUAGUAUUUAUGGUCCCAGUGAAACAAAGUAGAUGUGCGUGUACUUGCUGAUCACAGAACGCUAAAUCUACAGAUAAGUCGAAUCAAUUGUAUUCCAUUCUUUGUUUUGCGGUGCAGUCUGUAGUUUUGUCCUCAAUUUCCUCCCCCUGUCUCCAGGCCCUGAGCAGACCCCCGUUCACCAGGGAGAGACCCCCGCUGGUGUCUCUCCCCCAGCAGAAGAGGAACCGCAUCGCGGUGUACCCCCCCAGCAGCUCCGUUCUGUUCGACACGGCAGGCUUCUCCAACAACGUGACCCUGAAGGGCUUCACCAUGCACGCAGAGGAGAUUCUGGAUAUCAAAUGCGAGGUCCCCCCGUCGGAGCUCGGGGUCCUGAGCGUGUCCACCGUCUACGGCUCCGCCCAUAUUCCUUCCCAGAAUUCUUUGCGGCGUAGCGUCAGCCAGGCGCUGGACGGGAAGUCCCUGGCGGACGACAGUGACGUGUGGGACCCCCAUGUGCAGGGGGGCCACGACAGCGGGCUGUUCAUGGAAGACGAGGAGUUUGUGGACACCAUCAAAGGCUUCAGCACGGUGAGGAAGGAGCACACCAUGUUCACCGACACCAACCUGUGACCCCAGCCCCACCCCCCCUGGACGGAGCCUUGACCCCAACCUUGUAAACUGAACAUUCUCAUGAUCGAGUGUGUAGCCACAUGCGCUACAUGCUAACCGUCGUCCUCUUUAACAACACAGAUGUAAUAAACGUUCUAAAACAGUGUUUCCCAACAUGGGGUGGGGGACCCCAGUCGGGGUCGCCUGCUAUGUAUAUGGGGGUAACACCGACUUGUGAGUGUUCACUAUUCGAAGGAAAGGUCCUGUGAAGGCCCUAUAUAUGCACACAUCAUUAUGGUUCCUAGCAUGGUUCACUGGGACAUUGAUAUUCAUGGAAGUUGCAGAUAUGGUUCAAACGAUGAACGGGAAUCCAUAUUUAGACGUAUAAAUACAACGACGGCCCGAAACAGUUAGGAAGCACAGCUUUAAACUAUGGAAGCAGUCCUGGACCUGAAGUACACUCUGGCGUGGGUUUAAUAGGCCAGGAUUAAAAGCCUAUAGGAAUCGUCCUUUCACCAGUGUUAUUCUGAUCGGACAGAUGUCAUGGAUGACAUAUGGGGUAUACAGUGGGUAUAUACAUUUUAAGGCUAUGGAACUAUUAUAGGGCAAAAAGAUGAUUUUUUUUUCAUGACAUUUCAACAGAAACCAAGCAUUACGUUUACCUUCUAAGGUUUUCCACGUAAUUGGACUGAUGCGUUAUCGCAAUGAAUUGGCUUUCUAACCAAUCAAUGUAAAAACAUCUUUGACAUUUUUUCGUUUAGGUUUUUUAUUGCGUGUGAUGAACCUCUUUUAUUGUACACAGUGUUGAAACGCCAGCAGCAAUGAAGUGAUUUCACUGUGAAUUUAUAAAAAAUUGUUAGUCAAAUGUUCUUUUAUAUACGUUAAUCUUGCAUUUUUAAUGCUUUACGUUAUGCUUUAAUUGUAGCUUUUUGAUAUGCGUGACCAACAGCAGAGUAUGGAAUUCAUCUAAUAAAUGUCAAAAUAACAAAUGUGCUCAUAGAUCGUAUUCCAUUAAGGGCUAAAUCCAGGAUGCAUAAAAUAGUAGAGAGCAUCAAAUGAUCAUAUUAAUUUAUUUGUAAUGAGUUGCAAUGCAAUUUGGGCACAAACCAUUUGUGCCAUUAAAGUUAAUAGUAUGGGUACAAAACAUUCACAUAAUAAAUUAAUGUACUGCAAGUACAUAUCACAUAAAGACAGUAAACAUAAAACAACCCAAAAAGGGAAAGAAUUAUAUUGCGUUAAAAUCAAUGAGAUGAAUUUAUAUACAAAUUUCAGGCAUUUAAAAAGGCAGCCUUUUUUCUUUUAAUGUUGCUGGUUUUGCAAUAUAUAAAUAUAAAUCUCCAACACGCCAUUAUGCUGAUAUGCAAGUUUAAAAGACCUAAUGGGAGGAGGGAGGGGGGGGGCAGAAGGGCUUCAUCCUGAGAGGAAGCGUGUCUCAGAUCUGCUUCUACGGCACAAAAAAACUCUUCCGUUUAAGUUCAAGAACUCAACAUCUCGUUGCGAUUCUUCUCUUGAGAUUUAAAGUGAGCGAGUUAUCAAAUCAUCUGAAAAGUGCAAACUGCUCCGAAAAAUGUCAAAUCUUGUGUGCUGCUGCGUGCAUCGUGUCCCUUUUCAGGGAGGUGUUAGUAAUUCUUGACAUGGCAUGGUCAUCGAAAUGCGUUUUGAAAUGGCAUGCAGCACAUGCUGGGUUACGAAUGCUUCUUAAAGCUGGAAGGACAUGUCCUGAUUCAAAAAGGUAAACCGUUCAUUUGUACAUCAGUGUUCUCCAAACGUCCUGGCGGAACCCCUGCCGUUACCACAACGCAACUUUGGCCGCUGCUUUGUGCGACGGCUAAACGCAUCGCAGUACCAAUCUUUCCCUGUAUCUCUUCUUCGCUGCUGGUGGGACAAAAGAGGUGUCAUAAAGACCAUGAAGACUGAAGACCUGACACUAAAAGAAAGACUCAAUCCAUGCGGCGACUAAACGUCAAGCGGUCCCUAAAAAAAAGGUUGCCAUGACGUGGCGGUGAUACAAAAGCUAAGGACAACAACAGCCUUUAAAAGGAGUGACUAGCAGAGCGUGAUUCGUCUCUAGCUGACAACACCACCUUAAAAAAAAAGAAAAAAAGGUCUACAACUGAUAAGAACACCUAACUAGAUGUUUCUGCUGAGCUACGCUAGGCUACGUUACACACAGACGGACUUAAACUCCUGACAAACUGACAUCUAAGCCCUGACGCAUGUUGCCGAGCUGCGCGUCGUGAUCUCGUGUUCGCAGCGGAGACAUUCCCGACGCCGCACUGGAAAAACGUUAGGAUGUGCUCUGGAAUGUCGGGUCGUUAAACCCGCUGGAUCCUUUAAAACCGCCAUUUUGUUAAAGAGCCAACUCUGUCGAUAGUACCUGAAAACUAGAGACCUUGAGGAGACACAGAGAAACUCAGGAGAUGCUUGGAUGGCUUUGGAUCCCUGUGUUAGGUUAACCACCUUUCCAGAGAUAUGGCCUGUUUUAAAAGUAGGGGCGACUGAUCAACAAUCAAUGAGGAGGACAAAAUAUAGGAUUAUUAAAGGUUAGGAGAUUGAAAGUAUAAAGUUCAGUGGGGUAUUUAACAACAACAGCAAUGACAUUUUCCUUAUCUGCGUGCAAGCAGGCGGUUGAGAUGCCUCUGUACUUUACAUAACCUGACCUACCACAGUUGUUCCUUGAAUAUGAUCGCCUUUUUGGCAAAUGCCAUUUAUUUUGUUACCUGACUUUAACAUUUUUCCAUUCAUUGCUUGAAUAAACCGGACGUACCAAUGAUAACCAAUAACGCUACUCGCGGGCCAAAGGUGAACAACAGCACUUGAAUGGAAACUUCAAUGUAAAUUAAAGAGUAACUAUUAGCAGUACCAAGUCUCUCUCUUGGCCUCAACGACCCACUACACAAAACAUGUGACACUGAACACGGGCUCCCCAGUUAAAUCUCUUACAUUAAAACCUUAAUUACACUUUUUUCCCUUUUUGACAUUCCGUAGAAGUCUUGUAUAGGUGCCUUUUUCUUA